CUCCAUAGCAACCGCGGAUCGUUUGGGGAAGGGCAGCGUCGGUUUGUUGUUUCCAACCGGAGAUAAAAACGUUUCAGCUGCUGUCGUGAUGGCGGGGACGUCCAGACAUGACAGAGAGAUGUCGAUGAACGCCAAGCGGCAGCUGAACCAGUGUUCAGACCCGGUGGAGAGACUCCGGCUGCAGUGUCUCGCCAGAGGAUCGUCCGGGAUCAAAGGUCUGGGCAGAACCUUCAAAAUAAUGGACGACGAUAAGAACCGCUCGCUGGACCUGAAGGAGUUUCUGAAGGGUUUGAACGACUACGGGAUCCUGAUGGACAAACAGGAAGCCACGACUCUCUUUCAGCACUUCGACCGCGACGGCAGCGGAUCCAUCGACUUCGACGAGUUCCUCUUCACUCUCAGGCCGGCCAUGUCCAAGGCCAGGAGGGAGGUGGUCAUGCAGGCGUUUCGGAAGCUGGAUAAGACGGGCGACGGGGUGAUCACCGUCGAAGACCUGCGGGGGGUUUAUAACGCCAAGUACCACCCCAAGUAUCAGAACGGGGAGUGGACCGAGGAUCAGGUGUUCAGGACGUUCCUGGACAGCUUUGACUCUCCGUAUGACAAAGACGGAAAGGUGACCAAAGAAGAGUUUGUCAACUAUUACUGCGGCGUCAGCGCCUCCAUUGACAGCGACGUCUACUUUAUUCUUAUGAUGAGAAACGCCUGGAAGCUCUGAAUCAGAUCCAAAGACUUGAUGAACUCAAAACUCUCAUUAAUCACAUGAUGCAUUUUUAAUUAUUGGUGAUUAGAUCGAGCCCUUUGAUAGCAGCUAUAAUUAAUGUUGUGCUUUUGUAAGUUAGACAAAUAAUUUCUUUACUAAUUAGUAUAAGUUUGACUUUUUAAAUAAUCAUUUUGCAUAUUCAGUCUGUUUUGGUAAUAUAAUGUAGGUAAACACAAGACAGCAGUAUGUUUCCAUAUCAGGUUUUAUACUUUAUUAUACGUUGAUAUGCAACAUCAUCGCCUUUGUUUAAAUAAGGAAAAUGUUUAUGUCAUAACAGGUAAAAACAAACAUCACCAGAUAGUAUGUACAGUAUGUUUAGUACAAACAUUACAAUCAGGUUUCUGAGAAAACAAAGCGUACAUUCGGUGUAUGUAUUGCUGUAAGGAAACAUGAGGUGUAAGUUGUGUGAGAUAUUUAACAAGCAGCAUUGUGUUCGGCGUCUCUGUGACUCGUAUCUGACCUCAAACAGACACAGGUGAGUCCGGUUGCCGCGGCAACGCGUCCGCAUCUCACCUGCAGACUGCUCAGAGUGAUCAUAAUGACAUUCACUGUAAUUCACUGCUGAGUGAUUGGUGAUCAUGAGGAGAGAAUAUGUUAUUUCAGAAUAACAGCAGCUUCUUUUUUUUUUUAAAAAAAGGACCUCACUGGUGUUUUUGUUUGUUUUAGCUCAAGAAAGAAAAUAUAUGUGAUUCCAGGCAGCCAACUGUAUCUAUUCAUAUCACUAUGGUUUUAUAUUUGUUAUGUUCAUAUUUCCACUGUGGUUGAGUUACAGUUUGCUGAACUGGUCAGCAGGUGUCCAUGUUGCUUUAUUGUUGUUAGAAGUUGAAUCAGAUGUAUUCUGUUAACCAGCAUGUCAACACAUGAGCGGUACCAUGCAAGAACUUUGAUGUUAAAGGGUUAAUUCGCCCAAAUUAGAGAAGAAAAGGAGGCAGAAAUCUCAAAACCUGCACAAUAAAACCAAAAGUAUCUGCAUGGAGAGAUGUUUUGUAAUUUAGGUGAUCGGUAGGCUGCCUGGAAGAUGAUUUGCUUUGGAAACAGUAGCAGGAAUAUAAAAAAGGGCUAAAACAUGCAGAAACACUGGUUUGGUCUUCUGAGGUUCUCCAUCAACCGACUCUGGGCGACAGAUGACGAAGGUAUGUCAGUAUACAACAUAAGAGACAUCGGGAUAAAGUCAUAUGACGUCAAAAGCUACAUAAUGAAAAGAGCUACAUUUCAAUAGUUCUGGCCUUGUAUUUCUCAAACUGCUAAAAGUAACUUCAGAGAAAGAUAAAAAAGCAAAAAUCCUCUUUUACUCCCACUCACAAACUAAAGAAUAAAAAGGCGUUUAUCAAAUUUUUUUUGACUUAAAAAUACUAAAAAUGUAUAAUAAUAAUAAUAAGUUUGAAAGACGUGGUUGUUUACCUGCAGGGAGGCUCUGAUGACAGACACUAUCCAGUGGCAUUAUGGGAAAUGUAGGAUGCAGUGUUUUUGUAAUAAAAGUCUGGAUAUCUCCA